GGCGGGGGCCGGGGGCGCAGGGCGCGCGGAUGGAGCUGCGGGCGCUGCGGCGCCUCUGGCUGCUUUGCUGCUGCUGCUGCUGCUGCUGCUGCUGCUGCUGCGCCGGCCCCGCGCAGCCCCGCGCCACCUUCACGGCGACCUGAGGCGCGGAGCCGCGAGCCGCCGGCGGCCGCCUUCCGGGAAAGUCUUAAUAGACAUCGAUACUUGAAUUCUGUAUUCCCUCGUGAAAACUCAAGUGCCGUCUAUGGAAUAAAUCAAUUUUCUUAUUUGUCUCCUGAAGAGUUUAAAGCUAUUUAUUUAAGAAGCAAACCUUCCAGAUCGCCCAGGUACCCAGCAGAGGUGCGAACAUCCAUACGCAAUGUGUCUUUACCAUUAAGAUUUGACUGGCGGGACAAACGUGUUGUAACCCAAGUGAGGAACCAGCAGACUUGUGGAGGAUGCUGGGCCUUCAGUGUGGUGGGUGCUGUGGAAUCUGCAUAUGCAAUAAAAGGGAAGCCUUUGGCAGACAUAAGUGUACAGCAGGUCAUUGAUUGUUCAUAUAAUAAUUACGGCUGCAGUGGAGGCUCUACUCUCAAUGCUUUGAACUGGUUGAAUAAGACACAAGUAAAACUGGUGAGAGAUUCAGAGUACCCAUUUAAAGCACAGAAUGGCCUGUGUCAUUACUUUUCUGAUUCAUAUUCUGGAUUUUCAAUCAGAGGUUAUUCUGCAUAUGACUUCAGUGACCAAGAAGAUGAAAUGGCAAAAGUACUUCUUACCUUUGGCCCAUUGGUAGUGGUAGUAGAUGCAGUGAGUUGGCAAGACUAUUUGGGAGGGAUAAUACAGCACCACUGCUCUAGUGGAGAAGCAAAUCAUGCAGUUCUCAUAACUGGAUUUGAUAAAAUAGGAAGUACUCCAUAUUGGAUUGUGCGGAACUCAUGGGGAAGUUCAUGGGGAGUAGACGGCUAUGCCCAUGUUAAAAUGGGAGGCAAUAUUUGUGGUAUUGCAGAUUCUGUUUCUGCUGUAUUUGUGUGACAUGUUGGGCAGAUCAAAGGACAACGACAAAAAUGAAGGUUCAUAAUGAGUUGUAGCAAAGAACUUCAUUCUCAGCAUUGUUCAUCUUUGGGCCACCAGCUCUCUUUGGGCCACCAGCUCCAUGGCUUGGGAGGAAUCUGUAGAACAGUUUCUUACUCUGGGAUAAAGGUCACAUUAGGAAUCUCUUCAAUUUGAAGAGGGUUUUAUCUGGUUUGAUUGUUGUUUUUGUUUGCUUAUUUUUAAUGAUAUACUUCCAGUAGGUUAAAAAGGGAAUACGAAUGUCUUUUCCUUUGUAAAACAUAAUCACCAGCCUUAACUUACACUUCUAUACAAGAAUAGGCAGCCUAAAAAAUGAGGUGUGCUUCUCACAAAUAUAUUCACAGCCCUCUGAGAUGGAAUUUCUUAAGGAUUUUGAAAUGCCAGUUGCUUUACCUCCACAAAAAAUGUUUACCCCUCAAACAGUAGAAAGGUCAUAUAGAAAGAAAGAAAAAAAAAAAAGGACAAAAUCCCUUUUUAAGAGAAGUAGAUUGAAAUUAAAGGACCAGUAUGGCUAUUCUGUGGCAGGAAAAACUCUAGUAGCAUUGCAUGAGAGACAAAUUGCUGUUUGGAAAUUCGCCUUGUUGAUAGACUUUCAACAGAUCUUAAGUCUUCCUUGUUCUUCCUGUAUUGAAGAGCAAUGCAUUUCCCCACUCUCUUUCUCUUGUUCGUUACUGUGACACUCCUACAUUUUCCUGGUGGUUUGGCUCCCCUGGCUAAAGAAGUCUCAUUUUUUACUUUACAAUUCUAUUUUAUAACUAUUUAUUUGGCUCCAUUUGCCUCUAAACCUUUAUCAAAUCAAGAUCUCACCUUUCUGUUCCCACUUUUCUGCUUUCCCCAUUCUAACCACAUUUUUUUAUGCAUCCCCCUGGCUUCCACCUGGUUCUGAUUCUUGAUGCAAGUUUCUGUUUUCUCUUGCAGAAGUCAUUAUGUGUGGGUAUGUGGCAAUAUAAGAACCUCAGAGCAGAAGAGCUGAUCUUCUGUUUGAAUAGAAGUACAAUUAAGUAUUAAAUGGAUUAAUAAAAGAAAAUCAUAUCAAAUAUUGCAUAUGUAAACAUUUCUUCUCUGCAAUUUAUGGUUACCUUCUAAUGUAGACUAUCUUAGCAAAAACAAAAUUUUAAAUGUAAUAGCAACCACUAAAAAAAUGAGGACAUUCCAUUUUUCCCAUCGCUUUUGACCUUUAUCUAUCCAUCUGCUUUAUUAGAAAAAGAAAACUCAAUUACAAAAGACUGUAUUUCUUUGGUUUGUACCAACCAGAUGCAACCUCAAAUGAAUACAUGUUGGCUCAGGUUUAGAAAUGUUCCAGGAAGAAAAAUAUUGAUAUGCUGAUUACUUUUUUAAUUAGCCAAGUGUGUCAAAAAAGAACUGUGUGCUGGUUGUUCUAGUUGUAUUUAUCUCUGUAUUUACUGACUUCUAUACAAUAUAAGUGCUUUUCUGAUACUCUUUUUCAAAUGUUAAAGAUUUUUUUUAAUUACAAAAUGAUUAAUACCUCUCAGCUAUUCUGGAUUUUGAUGACAUUUAUAAUAAAACCACCUAUAUUUGACUUUG